UCUGAUGACGUUUUCGGGUGUCAAACGCUGAGACUCCAAUAAUUUUUCCUACUUUUCAAAAUAUUCUUUAAUAACAUAUUUGAAAAGUAUUUGCAGUUUCGAAUUGGAAAAAAAUAAAAUGAAAGUUUCUAAAAAACUUAAUGUUUCCGCUGGCCUGGCAAUAUUUUUUUGUUUUUAUUUUAAGACAACAAAAAAUGCUAUCACAGCUGUGGAAUUGACUUUCGAGUUACCUGAUAAUGCAAAAGAGUGUUUUUAUCAAGAGAUAAAAAAGAACCAGUCUGCAAAUUUAGAAUUUCAGGUUGUAACUGGUGGUCAAUAUGAUGUCGAUGUUACUUUAGAGUCACCGAAAAAAGAAAUUUUGUAUAGACAAAUUAAGACACAAUUUGACUCCCAUUCAUUUACAGCGGAGCAUAGUGGUGUAUACGUAGCUUGUUUCAGCAAUGAAUUUUCCACUUUCUCACAUAAGCUGGUUUAUGUUGAUUUUCAAGUAGGAGAUGAAAGAGCUUUGCCAGGAAUUGAUGACCAUGCAACAGGUAGUAAAGCUCUGACGCAAAUGGAAUCAUCGGCAAAGGAAAUUCACGAAAAUUUAAAUUCAAUACUGGAUUAUCAGACACAUCAUCGUCUAAGGGAAGCACAAGGAAGAAAAUUUGCCGAAGAUUUGAAUGAAAGAACUUUAUGGUGGUCAUUAGCUGAAACAGUUGUAAUGAUUAUGAUCGCCAUCGCUCAAGUUUGUAUUUUAAGAAAUUUCUUCAAUGAAAAGAAACCCAGUCAAAUGAAUUAUGGAAGGCUGUAGAAGAUCUACUGAGUUUACUUAAUUUUCUGUUUGAUCUGUAAAAAUUUUUCUUAGCUA